AUGGUUAAGAAAGAGGACGCAGGAGAAGAUCGCGGAAGUUUCUCGCAGUAUGAAGUCGCAGAUGGGGAGUUUGGGACGGCAGAGGCCAAAUGUUCAUCGUCGACCAUCACAAAGCGACUCUUAGCCACUUUGUCCGAUGAAUCCAACCCUAUCACCCAUUCAGACAUUAGACUUCGAUCAGAUCAUAUUGUAUCAUUCGCUUCUGGCCACCAAGUCGCGGAAGAACGGGUCAACCAACGCUUUUAUAUAGCAGCUCGCGAACGGAUGCUCUCUGUGCAACGCGAGGCCUCCAGCUCUAGUGGCGGUCCAUCAGUGUUCAAGGGCGUUAAGAUAUACAUUGAUGGAUAUCUUGAGGCCACCACCGACAUCGAAAUCAAGCGCCUUGUCUCAGACGGAGGUGGUCAAGUUGUGCAAGUACAAGUCCUUUGUCCCGACUAUUCCCCAAAUUCACAUGAACUCAGCAGGCUGACUUAUUAUGCCUCGAAUCAUCCCGGGAAGUUGGCUAAAAUUGGAAGCGAAUUAGAGAACCGCUUGAAGCUUGAGUGUAAGAAGGCAAAAGCAGGGAAUAUUCGGUCGAGGGCUUCCUUGCUCAUUUCUGUCGCUAUCUUUCGUUCACUUGCGACAGAAUGCCGGAGAGACAUAGCUCUUCUAUCUCCCUCGCUCAUUGGAUCUGUGGACUUCACGCUUGCUUCAGUCCCUUCGGACCUAGAAGUCGUUGCGAGAACAGCCAGCGUCUUUACUGCCUGGACCACCUACACGAACGGUCAUUUGAUCGGCGCUGAUAGCCAUAUGACCAAGGACUAUUUAUCCAUUCUCUCUCGAUUCGCGAACCUGAGUUGCAUUAGCUUACCAGACCAAGAAACGCAGAACCGGACACGCCUGAUUGGUCUCGCUGCUCUUACUGCGGCGUUAAACUCGGAAGCCCUAUAUAACGACGUCGGACAUUUUGGAGCCCAAGUCUCUACCAUCUUGCAUCCUAUAUUAAUCAAUCUAUUCGAGACCCCUAUAUCGACAUUAGAGGAACAGUCCACAGGAAUUAAAGAUGCCCCUAUUUCACCUUACCUGGCCGAGUUCAGAACGCGGCCAGCUCUGGAGCGACGAGCCGCAUCAAUCCAUAUCCACAUCGACGGCGACAAAGGACCAUCGAACCAGGAUGUUUCUGAUGCCUGUCUUCGUGCCCUUUUCUCGCUCCUCAGUCAUGCAAAUGGAGCACAGCUCGGCUACAUCAUGCAGUCUUCUUUCGAUAACUUCGACUCAAUGAAAGGAUGGACAAAGCUCGAAUCGUGUUGCUGGUUUGCCCAGAAGACUGCAGAAUGGGCACAAUAUCAAUACCGCUAUGUCGUGCCUACAUGGAUUGUCGAGCGAUUGCUGGCACAACCUGACGCCUCAGAUGCUUCACCGCUUCUGAGAGCCCUUACGGCUAUGGCCACCUCUGUGUUUAGCUCUCCGACACCACUCAUCAAUCUUUCAUCAUCAGAUAUAAUGUCGAACAUUCUAACACUUCUCCUCCGUCGGAUAACCCUCAACCCACAAGAUGCUGCUGUACACUCCUUGGUGGAAUGCAUAUCCUCCCUUGGCCACCACGUUUAUUACUCUGAUCAAAUCCAGGACCUUGCCGCUGAACUGAUAAGCCGCCUUGUGGUCCUAGAGAUGCAAGGCGUUCUUGCGCGAGAUCAGUCUCAAAUGUCGCAGUGCAGGUCAUUGGCGAUCCAAUGCCUUUUCCAAGGACUCGUUGGCCUUGUUCGUUCUGCGAAUAUAAACGAUUAUAUCGACUCAGUGGACGACUCGACCACUUCAACGGGUCAAGAAUCGGCGAAAAAGUGUAGAGCUUCCCUUGAGGCAUCCCGAAAAAACAAAUCGGCGGAAGACCGUAUUCCAAGGCGGACUAGGGUUCCUCCUGACAUCUGGCAGGAUACACUCAGCCUGCUGUGCGAUAGCGAGCCCCCUAUACGGAAGGAGUGUGCCGUCGCUCUUGUCUAUUAUAUCAUGCAGGAGAUGCCAAAGCACGGCGAAAGCAGCGACCCAGACAGCCUGACACACCUCCGCAGGCUAGCAGAAUCUUCUUUUCGGCAUGUGCAACACAUAUUUCCGUAUGCCGGAGAUCCAGCAACGAAAUUUCUUAAUAGCGUUCAUGCCUACGUUUACAUCCUGGCGACCUCACCAACGUUAGGGCUAAAUUCGGCUGGAGGCCCUAAACAACCCCCUCGGAAGGAUUCUCCAAACGGCGAGGUUGGAUCAGUCGCAUCGCACUCCGAACAGACACAUGAAGGCAACCUUCCAUCGUCUCAAAGCAAUCGACGAUCCUUCAACAUCCAGCAUGGUUCAAGAGCUCGAAAACAGUCCUUGGUUUUGAAGCUGAUUGAAAAGGCUCCUACCCAGUGCACCAUCUCAGCAGAGGCGUCAGAAGAAGACUAUGCGUACCUCCUCAAGAUCCUUACCAUCGUUCAAACAAAUCUGCCCUUGCACGGAUUGAUCACUGGCGUUCCCAUGCUAUCUGCCCUGGAUGCUGCCUCGAAACCUGAAGGUGUAGAUGCCGAUCUUCUCCAGCGCAUCGUCACCAUCAAAACGGUGAUUGCGCAUGUGUAUCUUACCAUAGGUCAAAUCUGGAAAGUUCAAGAACUCGUAGGUCUUACCGAGAAGGCGAUUGCAUCACUAUCCUCAUUCCCUAAUGGUAAUACGACAUCGGACGCCUCGCCCUUGGGUCUAAAUGUUGACGAAGCUGUCUCCAUGUUGGUGUAUUCUCGCACAAUUCAAGACGCUUUUGGGAUGGAACAAGAGGGACUCCUUCGGCGCUUGAAGGUCCAGUGGACUCCUGAACUCGCCUUCCGAGACUUUGAGAGCUCUGCAGGAUAUGAAACCAGUUUUCGUGGAGAUGGCGUCUCUCCUCUUCUCAAAAUUUCGCCUGCUCUUAUGCAUAUUGAAAACAUCUCGUUGCAAAGUCUGGCGCGAUCCACUCGUGGUCUUGGCGUAACAGACCUCCGCGAAGCUCUGGAGGGACGCAGCAGCAUGUCGAAUCCUGCCCUUGUCCGGCCUCCUUCACUAUCCACCCUUGACCAUACCUCCUCGUUUAUGGGAGGCGAUGGUGCUCUUAGGCUAACCCAAACUCGUUCACGAACGAGAGCUAAGAAGCGCUCAACACCCAGCGGUGGUGAAGUUCGUGAUGUGCUUUCCCGGUUGGGUAUCAGCAAGCAGAACAGCAGUCUGUUAAAGGCCACCUUUCCAGCUCUACAGAAAUCCAGCUGA